CACAGGAAUGACACCAUGGGCCUGAAGAGCGUUGUCCAAACGCUUCUAGAACUCGGUCAUUCUUGGUGCAGUGCCCAGGGAAGGCUGUCAGAGGUCAGACACCUCACUGCAGUACCCAGGGAAGGCUGCCAGAGGUCAGAAAUCCCACUGUACUUUCGCCGGGUUUGGGGCUUUUUCGGGGGAGCGCGGCGCGCGGGCGGCCGCAGCCCCGCCCCUGCUCUCGGCGAGCGGCAGCGCUGCCUGCCUCCCGCGGCCGGCGCUCGACGCGCGCUGCCUGGCGCCGCCCGGGCCGCCGCCGCCAUGGCCACGGAGGACGAGAUCAUCCGCAUCGCCAAGAAGAUGGACAAGAUGGUGCAGAAGAAGAACGCGGCUGGAGCUCUUGAUUUGUUGAAGGAGCUUAAGAAUAUUCCCAUGACCCUUGAGUUACUACAGUCUACCAGAAUUGGAAUGUCAGUGAAUGCAAUACGCAAGCAAAGCACAGAUGAAGAGGUUACAUCUUUAGCAAAAUCUCUUAUCAAGUCUUGGAAGAAGCUGUUAGAUGGACCUUCAACUGAUAAAGAUUCUGAAGAAAAGAAAAAGGAGCCUGCAUCUUCCUCACAAAACAGCCCUGAUGCCAGAGAAGAAAGCAGUUCAAGUAGCAAUUCCAGCAGCAGGAAGGAGGAGGGUAGUGCUCCCUCAAAUUCUUUCAUCCCUUCUUUUCCCCGGGCUCCAAGCACUUCAGACUCUGUACGAGUGAAAUGUAGAGAAAUGCUCUCUGCAGCUCUCAGAACAGGAGAUGAUUACAUUGCUAUUGGUGCUGAUGAAGAAGAGCUGGGUUCUCAGAUUGAAGAAGCUAUUUUUCAAGAAUUAAAAAACACUGAUAUGAAAUACAAAAACAGGGUACGAAGUAGGAUAGCGAAUCUCAAGGAUGCAAAGAACCCUAACCUAAGGAAAAAUGUAUUAUGUGGAAACAUUCCUCCUGACAAGUUUGCCAAAAUGACAGCAGAGGAAAUGGCAAGUGAUGAGCUGAAAGAAAUGCGCAAAAAUCUGACCAAAGAAGCUAUCAGAGAGCACCAGAUGGCUAAAACAGGAGGUACUCAGACUGAUCUGUUUACAUGUGGCAAGUGCAAAAAGAAGAACUGUACAUACACCCAGGUUCAAACCCGCAGUGCUGAUGAACCCAUGACAACAUUUGUUGUCUGUAAUGAAUGUGGAAACAGAUGGAAGGUAAGACUGUUAGACUCCUCUGCAUAUUUGAUAGCAGGCAGCCUGCCUCUGUGGUUAAUUUGGGCUUACAGUAAAUGUGACAAAUCACUUUCUGUUGACUUUUAGAUACUUCUUAACCCAUUAAUGAUAUUACAUGUUGAGAUUGCAAAAUAGCUUUAAAUUAGAAAUGUAUUUUAGACUGAAGGUGUGAGAUCUCUCAAGAAGAUUGGUGGCAAAGGGGAAGAGAAGUCAGGACUUAGUCCUUGUGACAUUUAGUUACGAUACUGCUUUGCCGUACAGAGUGGUGACAAGAUAGUCACUGUGUUUUCUCUUUCCUCACCCCAAGUUCUUUUAACUGGUUUUAAUCUCUGCUUUGGUGAGUGUAACAGGCCUUUUUUAGACCUUUUGUUGUUAUUGUUUUUCCGGUUUUUUUGCUAUUCUGAAAUGAAGAAGUAAUAAAAAAGAGAGAUGACUUAUGCUAUAUUCCUGUGCCAGGACGAGUGUAGAGCAGUGAUAACUUGAUUGAAUCUUUUUUUUUAAGUUUGGGAAACAAGAAUUUAUAAAGAUUCUGAGAAACACUGGUAGUUCAACUGUAAAUUUUACAAGCUUUCGUGUUUCAGUGUUUCUCCAUUUUAUUGAAGGUGUGAUGACAUGCCAUAGGAAGCAUGAUAACCUCAUUCUGUUAUUUUCCUAUGUUAAGAACGCUGCAGCUCUGCGGGGCCAUGCCAUGGUGUACAUUAAGACUUCCACAUAAAAAAUAUUUUCUGUAUCUUGGUUUACAUAACUUACUGCUGAAUAUUGUUCAUAUAUGGGCUCUGAGAUAUCUAAAUAAUAUAUAAAGCUUAGAAAUCGUUUGAUGGAAUUGUUUGCAGUACCUGAAAAAGUAUGUUUGUCCUUAAAACCUUUUGUAAAGUGACAGUUACAGAAGUGUCUGUAUACAGGUGCCUGAAGGAAUGGUUAAAAUAUAAGCAAAUGCUAUAAUUAGUAAUUUCCAUAUCCUAAGUCUGGUGUUG